UAGUUGCCCUGUCUGGUGUUCUCAUCUCAUCAUCCACCAAAAUCCUCAAAUAUCAUCAGCAUUGAAGUUUUCCUCUUUCACAAAGAAAAAUGAAUCGGAACUUGAGUGCGUUUGUGAUUGGAUUGGUGGGUGCAGCAAUGACCUUGUUUGCUUAUUCUCAGACUCUGGUGUCUCCAAAUCAGUCCAUCGCAAUCGGUCUCCUUGUUCUCAUGUUUGGUUUGCUGAUCAAGGAAGGUUUUAUAUCUCUGUAGUUCUCCCCUCCUCUGUUUCCUCCUUUGCUUCCCCUUUUUCGGGUUUCUCGUUGAAUUAUGUGAUUUUGCUAGCACUUUUUCUUAUGUACAACUCCUGAUGGAAACGUAUUUGGUUGCUUAUUAUGGGCGGUGUUAAUUUGUUAUUGUUUCAAUUCGGUAGGUAAUUUUAUUUGUUAUUUUGUUGCCUGUAUCUCGAAAAUGAAGCAAAUCUGAGCUGCUCAUAAGAACUUUCCUUGGUGUGAAAAAUGUGGGCAAUAGAGAUUAAAUGACUAUUCUAGAUAUGUUGACCGAGGCAGAAAUAAUGUUUUGCGUGUUGCCUUAGAAAUCAUCCAAGUUUUUCAGUCUACGACG